GCAGCACAAACAGCUCUACUGUCGCUUUAAGACUGCCGGCCGUGCAGCGUACAGGAGGAGUGUAGCCUGUGUGUGUGUGUGUGUGUGUGUGUGUGUGUGUGUGUGUGUGUGUGUGUGUGUGUGUGUGCGUGUGUGUACGGGUGUGCGUGUGGCAGUGGGAUGCCUGGGAUCACCGAUCACACUCGAUCCAUCGCAGGAGUGCCGGAGAAAAUCGGGUCGUACCGAGAGUUUAUCACUUUAAUCUGACACUGUGCGGCGAAAGAAAUAAAGAAAGAAGCAAAGAAAGAAAGAAGGAAAGAAAGAAGAGGAAGAAGAAGCAGCGACGUGGACGCGGCGGUGACGGGGACGCGCAUUUAAAAAAAAAAAAAAAAAAAGACGCAGCGGGAAAAUCUCAUGAAAAGCCAUGUGAUUGAGCAGGAUCACCUCCAACUGUGCCUGUGGUCAGGAAAUCAUGGUAUGGAUAGUUGUCUGAGUUUGUACCCAAGAUGGAGACUUGUUCCAGAUCCACUAGGAUGGAAACUCACAAGAAUUACAACACCAUGACCAUGGUCAUAUCUCUGCCAUAGUACAAAAACAAAGGAACAUAUUUGUUCAACAUCUUCUGUAACAGGGAAAUUACCCUGUAAAGUUCAUUUCAUCUUUUGAAUCACUGUGGAUUGAAAACUUAUAUUGUGAAGCAAAAAGCCAUUGGAACUAUUGGUGGAAACUUUUGGAGCAUUUUUCUUCUCUGUUGUGGUGACCAGCCAUAGAAGGGACCAUAUUAUUGAACAUGACUCAUGGGGAAGAGACUGGCCCUGAGACACACCAGGAUUCUGCUGUUCUAACAUAUCUGGAAGGCUUACUCAUGCAUCGGGUAGCAGGAGCACAAAGUGCCACAGCAACACAACAAAGUGAGGCUGAAAAAGGCAAUGAAGAACAGAGAAACAAGGAGACACCAGGGCUUCUAUUGCCCAAGCAUAGUUCUCAGCAGGAACAGGAUAAAACAACCCCCCAGGGAGGGUCAACACAUCAUGUGAAAAAAGCUCGACUGCUUCGCUCUGAAGUCUGGACUGAACAUGAGAACCAAGUGAGACAAAUGUCCAUGCCUUCUCCUGAGCUCAAUGGGAAAAAGCAGGAACACUGUGGUGGCUUGAAUGGUUCACUGCAAUGUAAAGGAGAGAGCACAUUGCUGGCAAGCCUGCUUCAAAAUUUCAGCACAAGACUCCAAAAUGUGGCCCUGUCACAGCAGAUUGAACAAAAUUUGGCACCACAGAAGGCAUCUAGUUCAAGCAGUAAGCCCAAUAAAGAGGACAAUAUACCAGAGCAUGGCAGUGGAUCUGAUGGAUCUGGUCUAUGUUUGGCCGGAAACAGUACAAUGCAGAACAAUACCAGCAGCCAGAUUUACCACCACCGACAGCCCAGCAAGGAAAGAUUAUCAAAGUCUCCAGGAGCACUACAACGCAGUGCUCUGUCUUCCUCAUCAGAAUCGCUCCAUUGCACCGAGCGUCUAAAAGCUGUAGCCAGUCUAGUAAAUAUCAGGUCGAGUCCUGCUCCUUCGCCAAAACCCAGUGUGGCCUGCAGUCAGCUGGCCCUGCUGCUUUCGAGUGAGGCUCACCUGCAGCAGUAUUCCAGAGAACAUGCACUUAAAGCUCAACUAGCUGGGCGAUCUGCCAGUGAAAGGCUUGCAAUCAUUGCCACACAACAAACUCAAGAAAAGAAUCAGCCUACAAUAUCUCAGACAAACCAUGAUGGACUUACUUCUUUACAUACCAAAAAUGGCAUACCUUCUCAAAUGCCAACAAGCUCUAGCAGGCAAAGUCAAAGCCUGCAUACAGGACAAAGUAGGUCAGUGGGUUCAGUGAGGAGAACACAUCCCUUCAGGGAACGCAGACCUUUUGAAAGGCAUGGCAGGCCAUCACAGAACUGCAGCAGUCUGCUCCUUCAACUUCUCAACAGCCACAACACACCACAAAGACUUAAUUCUCAGGAUCACCCGAAGGAGGACACCAACAUCUUUUCAAGUCAAGGUUCUCCAAUGUUCUCAGACAGUGAACACUCAAAUUCCAUAAGUCUACCAAAAGAUAGCAGUGAUGCUGAGAGUACUCGCUCCAGUUGCUCUCCUAUUGACCUCUCUUUGAAGAACAAAUUGAACAAUUCAACACCAUUCUCUUCUUCUUCUUCACCAUCGCUAGACAAGGUCACGGAGUCUCUGAAAACCAGGUGGACAUCAGAGAGUCCAGCAUCAAAAUUCCUUACAGAACCCAAAGAGUUAUACACUUGUUCAGAGAUUAAGCCGCACCACAAGGUUACACUACUGGAAUUGCUCCUUGAUCAAAAACACAUGGAGAAGACAACCAAAGCCCCUGAGAAUCCAGAUUUACAGCCUAAGGUCCAACCUAAGGUCAGCAGUGCAUCAACAAGUAAUCACGCUCUUUUUUAUCCGGGUCAGUGUAAGGAUACAAUAGAGCCUAGUCCUAAUUGUAGAUUGAAUACCAGAAGUCCUAAAUUACUGCCAACAUUUUCCCAAGGCAGAGACUGUAACGUUCGUGCAUCUCCUUACAAAGUGUACAGCUCUCCUCAUACACAGUCAGUACCCUUGGAUCUGUGUAAGAAUAAACCACUUGCAAGUAGUCCAAGUGUCAAAGAAGCAGCUUUCAGUGCUAGUAAACUGUUACAAAAUUUAGCUCAGUGUGGGAAAAAAAGUGCUGCAAGUUCCCCCACACCGAAAGCUCCUCUUCCUCCAGUCAAAAGACAAACUGAAGAGUUUAGAACUUCAAAGUCUUCAACUUUGUUAGAAAAGCUUGCUGUACCAGUUCAGAAAAAUAACACCCCUCAUGUGAAAUCGGUAAACGCUCUUGUGGCAGAAUCUGCACAACAUAAUUCAGAGAUUGAAAAUCUCCUUGAAAGGCGUACAGUCUUACAGCUUCUUUUGGGGAAUAAGUCUCAAAAAGAAAGAGUUGGCAAUAAGCGAAAGGGAGAAUCUGGAAAGCAAGAGAAUUCAAAAUCUCACAAUACGUUGGACAGACCUUCAACAGAUCUUGCGGUCAAAACUGAGCCUGUAGAAAAUGAAAUGUGUAAUGAUGAAAAAGUAUCAAAUCAGUGGCAGAACAAAUUAGCAGAAUCACGUAGGCAGAGUCCCCACACUCUUAAUCAGGGAAGUAUAAAACAAGAGCCAGUUUCCCCAAUAGCUGUCCCCGGAGAUGGUCUUCUUUGUCAUCUCCUGCAUCAGAAGCCCAGAAACCUGAAGCCAAACUUUUUAGAGCACUCAAAUCAGGGAUGCAUUAAAGAGGAACCAGUGGAACAUCACCAUGGACCAACCAUCCCCAAGAAGAGGAAAUUUUCAGUUGACUCAGAAGACCAUAUUAAAGUGACCCAGCAGAGAAUGUGUCAUAGUUCUGGCAACCUAAAGGAUGAUAGCAAUUGCUCAACCUCUGGAAUUCCAGAAUCUCAAGGAUCCAGUGGUCCAUCCAGCCCACCACAGGCAGACAGUCCGCCAGCUAAGUUUCCACCAUGUGAAUCACCGCGUAAUGAAAAUGGGGGAUUCAAUGUCCUGAAGCAGCUACUUCUUUCAGACAACUGUUUGAAGGAACUGUCUCAGUCAAGGGCUCCAUUUAGUUCGCUGGAACGUCCAGUACAAAAUGGGAGUAGAAUCAAAGAACCACGUAACAAUGGUGAUCAUCAAAGCUUUCAGCAGAUCUUGAACCAGGGCAAGCAAACUUCAUCAUCAGUAGGAACAAACAGAGUAGAGUCUCUUACGGAUGUUCAGCAGGAUUCAUCCAGGACAAAACGUGAUGUUCUCUCACGGAGAGACUUGAAAUCAUCAACUGGUUUUGUGAACGGCGAUAAAACACAAGACUGCCGCCUGGAUUCUCCACGGUUGACUAAAGCUAACCCUAUUUUGUAUUAUAUGCUCCAGAGGAGCAAUGCACAUUUGGUUAGGGACAGAGUCGAGCUUGAAGCAAAGUCAGGACCUUGCAGAGUGCAGACUAAGGAGAGAGAUGAGUCUGAGGCCUUUGACCUCAAUGUACACUUGCAACAAAACCCACAUCACAACGGGACUCAUAGCUGUGACUCACCACGGAUCAACGGGUCUCUCAAGAAGUCAUGAAGAAAACUGCUUUGGAAUGAAAAUGUACUUUUCUUCAUCCUUCUUGCUUCUAUGUCUUGCCAUUUUCUUUCUUAAUAUAAAACCUCUUGUCUACUCUCUAUUCUGUAAGAUCAGUGCUUAAUUUCUUGCAAUUUCUUAACCUGUUGAUUGUCAAAUUCAAAAACAAAACAAAAAUACUUAGUAUACUGACUUGAAAUUUUAAACCUGUUGUUAAACUAUAAAAUGUGUGUGACAUGCUAUAUCUAUAUUUCCUAAUCAAACUUCCUCCAUUGGUGAAAUUUGAUAGUUUUGAUAGUUAUGCUGCAGGUUAUACAGGUUAUGUAAUUGUUUUUUUCCAACAACAUCCCUUAGCUUCCCUCAUUUAAUUCAUUCAUUCAUUCAUUCAUUCAUUCAUUCAUUCAUUCAUUCAUUAAUCUUACACAGUACACUUUAUGUAGCCCAUAUUUUCCAUCGGUUCAUCGGUAUAAAAACAUGAUAUAGUAUGUGCAUGAUAUGUGAUUUGUAUCAUUUGGUAUUGGUGAAUUUUUAUUCAUUCAUUUGAUUAAUUUUGGUAUAAAUAUAUAUAUAUAUAUAUAUAAAUAUAUUUUUUAAUAAUAUGUGAAGUGCUUUAUGAAUAAUUUCAGCAUUUCAUUGCACCAAGCCAAGAAUAGAGAGUUCCACAAUACCCUAUAUGACGAUAAAGAAAAUGAUGAUGAAAUUAAAAAAAAACCUUGAUUAGAAAUUAUUUGACAUGUUGCUCAGCUAAACAUGAAGAUGUAUCCUGAUUAUACGAAUAGGUAUCGGCAUCAGCAUGUGCCAUAUAUGUCUAGCAUUAUGCAAUACAGAUGCAUUACAAGAAGACAAAUCAAGCUUGCCGGAGAUGCAGAGAGUGUUCUAGUUAUGUGCAGAAUGUGUGUUGUUUUAAUGGUCGUGUUUUACGGGAGUACUGUGCUACAAAUUGUCUUUCCCCACAUAUGAUAACGUAUAUGAUAAUGACUGGUCUUACAUUUUAUGAAUGGGAAUAUUCUAUAACACAUUAUUUUUGUCCCUCGAUCUUAAAGUCUUGUUAUAAACUAUAUUUAUGUACAUACCGUAAUCUUUAUCUUUAUGAAAGAUGGCUAUUUUAUAUGACUGAAAAAGAGAAACCUUUUAGUUUUGGAAUUUCGUAAAGAGUCCAUGCGGCCGUCACGGCUGUGUGAAUACGUAAAUAAUCCAGAGAAAGUUUUUUUGUUUUGUUUUGUUUUUUUCUUUUUUUUUUCUCCUUUUGGUCCUACUUUUUGCAUGUGUCUCUUGGUAAAAAUAACAAUAAUCUGUUCUGCAACAAUGUUGUGUUAUGUCAGAUAUUCAACAGUCCACAGCUGCCUGUUGCAUGCAGAUGCAUGAGAAGGUUCCUACGUAUUACUGCUCAUGGAGGAAUUCAAGUCUUAAGCAUAACUAUUUUGUCAUGAAGCCUGAUUAUAAAACAAAAAAAAAGAUUUAUUGUCUGUUUAUUCUAAGAAAUAGACUGCUGAGUAAAAUAUCUGAACUUUUGAAAGAGAUGUGCGCAUAUAUAUAUAUAUAUAUAUAUAUAUAUAUAUAUAUAUAUAUAUAUAUAUAUAUAUUUGGUUUUUAUUUUAUUUUAUUUUUUACAAAAGGAAAAACCAAACCGGUAAAACAAUCAAGUCAUGUACAUCAACAGUGCAAUUACGGAUUACUUUAAUGCUAUGAUGAUUUAACUUGGUUUUAAACAACAGAAAAUAAAUGUUUGGACUGCAGCAUAUUGAAUAUUAUUGUGAUAUCAUUUUUAAAUGUAUACAUUUUGGUGUUUACUUGCACAGAUUUUGAAUAAAGUUCCAAAAUGCACAAA